AUGUCAAAACGUGCUCUGCCAGAAACACUUGCUUAUUUGAAAACUGAGCUUCAAGCUGUUCAAAUGGAAUUUUACAAUAAAGUGGCCCAUAACAGCAAACCAAACGCCUUUCCAUUGUUUUUCGGUAAGUCAAUAGAAGGUGGAAGUCGCGCAUUUUUCGGGCUACCUCCUCUUAUACCAGACUGGAAUGAAACAGAAAUAUGCAUUGAAUAUCUGGAUAAGUAUUCAUAUGAAUUGGAAGAGUAUCGGCAAAGCGGCUACAAGGCUCGAUGCACUGCAGAAGAGGUGCAAUGGCCCAUCCUUCAAUGGCUAGCUGCCGAACCACCAUUGAUUUGUGAUUUUACCAUGGUAGCCCAAGAUUGGGAUGUUGGUUUUGUUUUUUAUAAGAACUGCACGGGAUUCAAAAGGGCUGAAGCAGAUCACAUAUGGAGGCCAUUUGAUGUCCGGAUGGAAGAAACCUACACUCUGAGAAGUCUUUACUAUAAGUAUUGUGGUGAACCACAUUUAUAUAUGUUGGAGUAUAUGGAGAAAUUCAUGCGUUCUUAUCCAGGCGUACCAAAAAUAUGCCAUGUUUGGCCCGUGUAUUUGGCUCACGAUACCAUGAAAACUAUCUACCAUACUGAUAACCAGUUCUUGGACUUUUUUAAACGGAACACUGAAUACUUGAACGACGCUUUUCUAUUUUUCUUUGCGGACCAUGGACCUCGGGACAAAGCAACAUACAGUGCUACGGAAACUCGGGACGGAGAUGUCUCACUAUAUGAGAUCGUUGUUCGUUUCACCCCGGCUGAUGGAUAUUUCAUGGUAACUCAAUGA